CCUUUGCAAAAGGAGCAGUUUGCUGAAACUGCUCCUCCGAGCCGUUUUCUGAGCGUUCUGCCCUCCAUCAGCUGCAGACGGCCUUUUAUUUGGGAAGAGGAAGAAGGUAAAAGAUAAACAGCAAAGACAGAUGGCAGCACACACACUGGUCAUCUAGGGCGAUUUCUCCAAGGGUGGAGGGAACAAUCAGUUCUUGGAGCCCAGAUACUUGGUGCCAAAAGUAUUCAACACAGAAAGUUUUAACAGACAAAAAAAUCACAUCAAUACUGAUUAAUAUAAGACUGACUAAUGAUCUAAAGUAAUAAUAAAUCUAUGAUAUAUAAAGAGUAUAACACAAAAAAUCCAAACAAGGUUGUUUCUCUCUUCCAGAAGGCAGAAAUACAUUUUAAAAAUGUCUUUAAUUAGCAUUCAGUCGUAUUCGGGCUCCACUUCUCUCCAGCAGGGGGCGGAAAUGCUCACAGCUGCUUGAAGUAAAUAGUGUCGUAACUUCCGGUGUAGCGGUUAGCUGAGUUAGCUUCUGGUGCGUGUUCCAGAGCGUGUCCAGGUGUGUUGUGAGUCUGCGCAGCAACAAUGUGUUCCGUUGAGCCUCUGAGAGAGUUUAUCAGAGAGAGACUAACUGCUGCUGCUGAAGAAAUCUUCACCCAGCUGGAAAAAACCAUCGUCCAGUACGAGGAGGAGAUCGACCGGCAGCGGAGGCUGCUGGACCUCAGCUGGAGACCCCGAACCGAGCAGAACCCCGCAGAACUCCAUCAUUUCUCCAGCGAGGCGCUUCCCACCGAUCGGGACAGCAGUUCCAGUCCGGACCGGGACGCAGCAGAACCGGCGCCUGACGACAUCUGCUCCAGGCAGGACGGAGCGCUGGUGCUGAAGCAGGAGACCGAGGCCAUCAUGGUGACUGUGGACUACGAUGAUGAACCUGAACCAAGCAGCUACCAGCUUCUCUACCAGAACCGCCCAGAGAACCAUGAAGUGCUGAAGCCAAAGAAAAGACUGGACCUUCUGCCACAGAACGCAGAUGGGAAUCUGUAUCCCUGUCCCAUUUGUGGGAAAUGUUUUGCCAAGAACAGCUACUUGACCAAACACAAGAGGAUCCACACCAGCGAGAAACCGUUUGUCUGCGAUCAGUGUGGGAAAGCUUUCAGCAACACCAGCUACCUGGCCAAUCACAAGAAGACUCACAGUGGCAUGAAACCGUUCGCAUGUCUCAUCUGUGGGAAAGUUUUCACCCAGCAGAUCCAUGUCACCGACCACAUGAGGAUUCACACUGGAGAGAAGCCCUUCCCCUGUGCCACCUGCGGGAAACACUUCAGGCAGAAGAGCAGCUUGAACAAACACCUGAGAACUCAGCACCAGAAGCUGGAGGCAUGAUCGGGUUCUGAGCCGGUUCUGAAGUACUGCCUGGUUCUGAGCUGCUGGUUGGUUCUGUCCCCUAAAGGCCUGGAGGCAUCAGACUGCAACUUUCCUGCUUUUAAACUCUACUUCCUGUCCUUCAGUGUCCCUGAGGAAGACUGUACGUUCCUUCACCCUCCCAGCUGAGCGGAAGACCAUUAGAACCACUAAAAAAACUACAGAUGUUAACCUCGUUGUAAAGUUGGAGAUUCUAACAUUUACUAAAAAGUCUGAGCUUUCAAAAUAAUAGUGGAAAUUCUGAGAAAAAGGCAGAACUCUGAGGAAAACAUCUGAAGUUUGAGGAAGUUGGAAUCCUCAGAAAAAAAUAUGGGCGUUCAGGAAAAAUGUUGGAUUCUGACUUUUUGAUAGGAUAAAUUCUUU